AUGACGGCAUUGCUAAAAAAAAAUAGUCCCUAUCUUAUACCAUUGUCCAAGUCUUUGGAAUUUGACCUCAAAAUCGGACCAUUAGUCAAUAAAUAUUGGAUUUUUCGAUCAUGGGGUCGAAUCGGAACUAGUAUUGAAAGCUCAAAGAUUGAGGAGUUUGCCACAAGUGACUCUGGCAAAAGAAAGUUUAAGGAAGUAUAUGCCGACAAAACUGGAAAUGAAUUCGAUAAGCGAGACAGCUUUGUUAAAAUAACUGCAUUUAUGUACCCAAUAGAAAUUCAAUAUGAUGAAGACCAAAAGUUGUUAGCCCAUAGCACCAUUUUUAAUAAUUCUAAGUUAGACCCUUCACUGCAAAAUUUAAUAACGCUAAUAUUUGAUGUUGAUUCUAUGAAGAGGACAUUGAUGGAGUUUCAUAUUGAUAUGGAUAAAAUGCCGUUGGGAAAGCUCAGUGCCCAUCAGAUAAAAUCUGCGUAUAGUGUGGUGUACGAAAUUUUUAAGUUAAUAGAAACCGGAUCUACAAAUGCAAAACUAAUUGAUGCUACACAUAGAUUGUAUACGCUAAUUCCUCUUAACUUUGGAGUUCAAUCUCCGUCAUUAAUUGAAACCUAUAAUCAAGUCGAAGACUUGCGCCAAAUGCUUGAUUCAUUGGCUGAGAUUAAAGUUGCUUACAGCUUAAUUAAAACCGAAGAUGCAACUAAUAACAUUAAGCCAUUAGAUAAUCAUUAUGCACAGCUAAAAACUCAAUUAUUCCCACUGGAUAAAAAUAGUGAAGAGUUCUCCAUUCUAAGCAAGUUUGUUACGAACACUCAUGCAUCUACACAUAGCUCUUAUAGUUUACAGAUUAUAGAUGUGUUCAAAGUAACACCAUUUAAAAAGCUACAUAAUAGAAAGUUGCUAUGGCACGGGUCUCGUUUAACCAAUUUUGUUGGUAUUUUAUCACACGGCUUAAAGAUCGCACCCCCAGAAGCGCCACCAUCGGGCUAUAUGUUUGGCAAAGGUAUUUAUUUUGCUGAUAUGGUGUCAAAAUUAGCAAAUUAUUGUUGCACAAAUCAACAUAACUCAACUGGGUUAAUGCUUCUUUCUGAAGUGGCUUUGAGAGAUAUGAUGGAAUGCACAGCAGCAAAAUACGUUACAAAAUUACCAAAAGAUAAACAUAGUUGCUUUGGUCAUGGGCGCACGAUGCCAGAUCCAAGUAAGAGCUAUUUUAGAAAUGAUGGUGUUGAAAUACCAAUAGGUAAAGCAGUUACCAAUUCAAAUUUUGAUUCAUCGUUAUUAUACAAUGAGUAUAUAGUAUAUGAUGUUGCGCAGGUUAAUGUUCAGUAUUUGUUUCGUAUGGAAUUCAAGUACAAUUAUUAA